UAGCAAUGCCAGUCUAAGUGCCCUUCGUCCAACAUGUCCUUAAGAAAGCUCAUUCAGCAAAACCGGAAUGCCAAUUUUGUGGGCUACUGCGUUAGUCCAAGUUACACACCUUACUUGGAUCCAAUGUGCAGUCCCCAGAUGGAUAAUAGAAGAAUUCAGAGUCUGGCAAACACAGUGGGAACGUUACCAAGGGGACGCAAACAGCUUGCUUUAACCAGAUCAAGUUCCUUAAGUGACUCUUCUGAGCCACAAAGACGGCUUCUUGCUAUUGUCAAAGAAGAUAAUGAAACAUUUGGAUUUGAAAUUGAGACACGUAGAUUACAACACCAAAAUGCUUGCUCCCUGCAAAUAUGCACUUAUGUCUGCAAAAUACAAGAAGAAAGUCCUGCCCAUCUUUCUGGCCUGCAAACAGGUGAUAUUCUAGCCAAUAUCAAUGGAGUGAGCACUGAAGGUUUUAGUCACAAGCAAAUGGUGGACUUGAUAAAAUCUUCAGGGAAUUAUUUAAGAUUAGAGACUGUUAAUGGAGCCAGGAUUGUUAGGAGAAUGGAACUUGAAACCAAGCUGCAGUUAUUGAAGCAAACUUUGCAGGAAAAAUGGGUGGAGUUCCGAUCGCUGCAAUUACAGGAACAACGCUUGCUGCAUGGGGAGGUGAAUGACAACAACUUUGACACCCUGGAAUUGGAGUCCAAUUUAUUUGGUAGUGGUGCUUCAUCAAGGCCUGCCUUCCCAAUUAAGCCCCGAUUCUCCAGUGAAAGCAGCUGUAAAAGCCAGCUGAGUUCAAUGACAGUGGACAGUGAGGAUAGCUUCUACCAGACCUAUGUUUUUGAGGAUUCUGCUCAUGAGACUCUGAGCCGACAGUCGAGCACAGAUGAUGAUUGCUUCUUUUCAAGGGACAAUGACACUGCAGUAGGGAAAUAUUCACUGAGGAGGAACAGAAGCAUCAGUCUGGCUAGCAGUGGAUCAGUGUCGCCCUCAUGGGAUGGAGGCAGUUUUUCAAACAUUUUUGGAACACUCCCACGGAAAAAUAGGAGAGGAAGUGUCCGAAAGCAGCUUUUAAAAUUCAUUCCGGGUCUUCACCGAGCAGUUGAAGAGGAAGAAAGUCGUGUCUGACAUCUUAAGUAUCUUCUUCAGUAGCAAGGACUGUGUUAGUAUCCAUAGACAGAAACUGCAGCAGUAAAACCACAUAGUGCCUGGGAUUCAUACUGACUCACCCAGCCACACCUUUUCCCCCGACAUAACCUUACGACAGGACUGACAUUAUUUAAAGUGCUGUUUUUUUUUUCAUUAUUCUUGAACGCAGCUAGCACACUGUGAACCCAGCUUUGUUAGUACAGAACAGAUUUUCAGGGACUAACUUUGGUAUGUGGAAAAGCUUUGCAGCACCUUCUCAUCGACCCUCGUGUUACCAAUGUAGUCCACUCUGUGUGAGAGUUACAGCUAUUUAUUUCCUACGUUAGUGAGCCAAAUAUUAUAUUCUUCAAAGAACUUUAUUAAAGGGCCUGCUGCUGCUGAAAUCAUUGGCAGAAGUCCCAUCGUGAGCAGGAUCAGGCCCCACAUAUACAAAUGUGCACACCACAGAAGAACAAAACUGUGAAAAGAAGUGCAGUAACUAGAAGUCUGAAGGAUUUACUUGUAUGUUUGUUAACCUUGUUGCCUGAGCUGUGGCUCAGACUAGGGUAUAUUUGAGUUUCUGUAGCAGAGACUAGGGACUUUUAUUUAAAUGCAAUUGUCUUUCCAGUCAGUAAGUUAGCGAGCACAUUUCUCCAGUCAGUCAUGCCCAUAGGACAGCAUGCACACGCUGCAGGGCCCGUAGCAGUAACUCCUAGGAUAUCAUUGGGAUUUUUCUUGUCUCUUCAUGCUAAUAUUUUAAUACACAUCAUAACCUAUGGCCCACACUUUAUCCUCAUGGUUGAAAUCAUUGAUAUGUCAUGGUAAGUUCUUACCGUCACAGGGAAUUUGAAAUCUACGGUCACUCACAAACUUACGUGAUACCUCAGAUAACAACCUAAAGCUUUUCUACUAUGGCAGCUCAUUCAGUACCAUUGUCUGUUGUUUUCACACUAGACUGGCCACAAUAGCUGAGUUACUGAGCUUUUAAAACACAGGGUGUGUGUUUCAUUCAUCUGGGUAGGGGGAACAAACUGGGGCCAUUGAAUGUAAAUGAACUUGGGAGUCAAAACAUUUCAGUUUUCUAAAAAGAACCGGUGGAGAAAAGCAUAAAGGGUUAUUGGCUUAAAAAAUGGAGGGAGUAUCUGAAAUAUGAGACAACUGCAGAGCCACACUCCUUGGACUAUGAUUGAGUAUGUUUGGGGGAGGUAUUCAACUGAGGUAUGUUAUUUGAUCUGCAGCUGCACGGUAGUAUAGAAAGAGAGAGGAAGUGGCUUUCUGGUGCUGCUGGUAUCGGAUUGACAUUAGCUUCAGUAACAUGAAUUGACCUUGUACUUAGCAGCAGUGAUGACAAAGAUCAUUGAAAUGAUGAACACCAAAGAAAUAUUGGACAGGUGUGUACAGAACAAAAUAACAUCCAUUGCAGUAGUUUGGUACCAAAGGUUUUGGAACACAUUUCAGUGGUUUGGAAUGAAAUGCCAGCAAAGGAGUCUUCCAGGGUGAACUGAUAGAAAAUAGAAAGAAAAGGAAAAAUUGAAUGGCAGCACAAGGUUCUGGAAAACUAGUGAUAUAGUCUGACUGCUUUUGUGUUUUCUCCGCUUCAAGACCCUGUUGUGACAGCUCAGGUGGGCCCGUUAUCCCUGCUUAUAGUGACAUGUCUCUAACUCCUGUCACGUGUUUCUGAAAUUCUAAUCAGGCUUAUUGAAAACAUAUUUCCCUGUACUGUGCAUAUAUCAGGCUCAGUAACAAGUAAUUUAAAGGUUAUGCUUCUUCACUGUCACUAAUUGAGAUUGUUCAGUCAAAGAAGCAUAGGAGAAUUUCAGCAGUCUUGAGAAAAUAUUGAUCAGCGAGCGAUGACCUAAAUACAGUACAUCAAAUGAAUUCUCCUUCUUCGAGGUCCCAUAGAAAUAAGUCCAUCCCUUCCUAUGUCAUUCUCAUGGGAUGUCCUGCAGUUACCAAUAGGAUUUUGUUUUGUUUCUGAAUGGACUGCAAGAUUUCAGUCUCACUUUCGAAAACUCCUUACAAAUCAGUGUCAGGGGAGUGUGCCUUUUAGGAUUCAAACCCCAUAAACAAACUUGCACUCUUAAGGACUUCAUGGAAUUCUAUCUACAGUAUUUUGGUGUAUUGCUGCGGAAACAAAAGGGUCAGCAAUUGUCUAGGUUUUUUUAGGAUUAAAGAUUUCUGUAGUUUAUGGAAUGAAGAUGGAAGGGAUAGUUUACCCAAGAUUAUAGGAAAUUAUUUAAUCAGUUUGGAUAUAGAAUGGGAAGGAAAGGAGACACUUUAUGUAUAUAUCAGGUAUUAUAUGUGCAUAACACUUUUAUAAUAGAUAAAGCACAAAUUAAGUCCUCUAAACUGCAACAAAACUUUUCAAAACAUAGCAUAGAUGGAAGAAGUGUUAAUAUAAUUAUCUUUAAGAAUAUCUUUUGUUUUACAUGACUCACUUGGUUUUAACUGACAAAAAAAGAGCAUUAAGAGGUAGUUUAUACUUCAGACAUUUCUCUAACAAGAUUUCAACUGUGUUUAAAACAUCAAAGUCAAACCAGCAACUUUCACCACCACAAACAAACAAAAAGUCAAAGAAAUAUCCUCCAUUGUACCCAAUAUUCCUUUAGUUGAUAAAUUUGUUUCAAAGGCACAUCUUCCAAGGUGAUUUAGCCACCCAACGCUUGUUAAACCAACAAGAGCUGUGAACCAACAUUUCAAAUAGUUUUUAUAUUUUUUUCUAAGAGGAUUAAAAAAAUUGUAGUACAGCAAUUCUCCAUGUGAAGUUGAGGGAAGGGAAACAUUAUAUGAACAUGGGGGAAGCUUUAUUGCUCUGUUUAUUAUGGGAAGCACAUUCUUUUGUUUAUUCAGUUUAACAUAUAUGUUUAUUAUUAUGCUAAAAAUUGAACAUGUGCUUUAACCCCCUAAAUUCCCAUGUCUCUGGUGGUUCAAAGUCCAACCCUUGAUCCAGCUGAGCUCUGAAUUUCCUGGCUGGCCCUUAACCUGAGCAAAACCAAACCUCUUGAUUCAAAUAACCCCACACCUGGAUCCAAUCUAAUGUUUGCAUCUGGAGUCCAUUUCUGAGUCAACACAGUAAAUCACAGGCAAAAAGUUAAGAUACAUUGCAUGUAUUUUCAGACAUUGCUUUCUUGUUUUGUUUUUGUUUUUCGCCCACAGUUAUUUUUAGAUGCAAUGUCACUAGGAUGCCUUCUGGGAAAAAUUAGAUGCUUAGAUGUCCAAGUGAAAGUCACUGUGGGCCCAGUGAUGCUCUAGUGAAGGCUGGAUUGAAAAUCAUGCCCAUAAUACCACUCUGAGAACAUAUAGGGCCUGACACUUCAACCUAGAUCCCAAAUUUUCAGGUGCAAUUUUGCAAAUGCAAAUAAUUGGACCCACAUCUUGCACAUGGUAGCACCUAGACAUCUAACAAUCCAACAUAUAGGUGCAAAUAUGCAGGCAGAGUUAUUUGUGCAUGCAAAAUUGCACCUGCCAAGUUAGAAGCCAUCUCUGAAAAUCAGGCCUUUUAAGUAUAGGAAGUUCCUAAUGCAGGAUUUUCACUUAAAGUAAAUAUUUUCUUUCUUAGCAUGUCUACCGUACAUGUAGAGUGGAAUCCUGGCCCUACUGAAGUACAUUGAUUUCAAGAGGACCAGGAUUUCACCCUAUUUAGGAACAGGAAUUCCAUAGCUGGGUUAAAAUUUUACUCACAAGUAAAAAGUGCCAUUUUAUAUUAAAACUAUAGAAUAUUGUUGCAGGAAAGGGGCCUCUGAUUUGUGCUGAAGUACACACAAAUUGGAAGGUAAUGAAUAUGCAACUGAUAUGUGCAAAGGUGGGCUUUGCAUAAGAUAAUUUGUGGGUACAUGGAUCAGGGGCCCUUCGAACAUAUGACCCUGUGUAGCUAAAUCCUUUCUCCCCUUUAAGGGAUUUACCUACGUCCUUGGUGGUUAUAUAUCAGAGCAAUGAAAUUGGUUGGAGUCAGUCUUUUAAUUUGGGCUUGAUCAGUUUAACAGAACAUAUGGAUUUGAAUUCUGUGCUGCGCUUUAACAGCAGCGAGGAACUAGAGAUAGGCCAGAACCACAAAUUUCAGAUCCAAAUGUGGAUUUCAAGUCCUUCAGAGUUUGAGAGGUUGUUCCACAUGGAGCAACCA